AUGAUUUGGUAUGUGGCCACUUUGAUAGCAAGUGUGAUCAGCGCCCGAGGUCUUGCGGCUCAAGGUGCCCACGGCCUGCGAGAGGAGCCCGAGUUUGUGACCGCGAGGGCCGGCGAGAGCGUGGUCCUGCGAUGCGACGUGGUCCACCCGGUGACGGGGCAGCCCCCGCCCUAUGUCGUGGAGUGGUUCAAGUUCGGGGUGCCCAUCCCCAUCUUCAUCAAGUUUGGCUACUACCCGCCCCACGUGGACCCUGAGUAUGCAGGCCGCGCGAGCCUCCACGACAAGGCGUCCCUGCGGCUGGAGCAGGUGCGCGCCGAGGACCAGGGCUGGUACGAGUGCAAGGUGCUCCUGCUGGACCAGCAGUACGACACCUUCCACAACGGCAGCUGGGUGCACCUCACCGUCCACGCUCCCCCCACCUUUACCGAAACGCCCCCCCAGUACAUCGAGGCCAAGGAGGGCAGCAGUGUCACCAUGACCUGCACAGCUUUUGGGAACCCUAAGCCCAUUGUCACCUGGCUGAAGGAGGAGAUGCUGCUAGGCGCCAACGGCAAGUACCAGGUGAGUGACGGCAGCCUGACGGUGAUGUCGGUCAGUCGGGAGGACAGAGGUGCCUACACCUGCCGCGCGUACAGCAUCCAGGGAGAGGCCAUCCACACCACCCACCUGCUCGUCCAAGGACCUCCCUUCAUCGUCUCCCCUCCUGAGAACAUCACUGUCAACAUAUCCCAGGAUGCUCUGCUCACCUGCCGGGCAGAGGCCUAUCCCGGCAACCUUACCUACACCUGGUACUGGCAGGACGAGAAUGUCUACUUCCAGAACGAUCUGAAGCUGAGGGUGCGGAUCCUGAUCGACGGGACCCUGAUCAUCUUCCGGGUGAAGCCUGAGGACGCGGGGAAGUAUACCUGCGUCCCCAGCAACAGCCUGGGACGCUCGCCCUCGGCCUCGGCGUACCUGACCGUGCAGUACCCAGCCCGCGUCCUCAACAUGCCCCCCGUGAUCUAUGUGCCUGUGGGAAUUCACGGCUACAUCCGCUGCCCCGUGGACGCAGAGCCACCGGCCACCGUGGUCAAGUGGAACAAGGACGGCCGCCCCCUGCAGGUUGAGAAGAACCUGGGCUGGACCCUGAUGGAGGACGGCUCCAUCCGAAUCGAGGAGGCCACAGAGGAGGCUCUUGGCACUUACACCUGUGUGCCUUACAACACCCUGGGGACCAUGGGCCAGUCUUCCCCCGCGAGGCUCGUCCUGAAGGACCCCCCGUACUUUACGGUGCUACCAGGCUGGGAGUACAGGCAAGAGGCCGGCCGGGAGCUGCUCAUCCCCUGCGCUGCCGCCGGGGACCCCUUCCCUGUCAUCACGUGGAGGAAGGUAGGGAAGCCCAGCAGAAGCAAGCACAAUGCCCUGCCCAGCGGGAGCCUGCAGUUCCGUGCCCUGAGUAAGGAGGACCACGGAGAGUGGGAGUGCACUGCCACCAAUGUGGUCACCAGCAUCACUGCCAGCACCCACCUGACUGUCAUCGGCACCAGCCCCCAUGCCCCGGGCAGUGUCCGGGUCCAGGUCUCCAUGACAACUGCCAACGUGUCUUGGGAGCCAGGCUACGAUGGAGGAUUUGAGCAGACAUUCUCUGUUUGGAUGAAGCGGGCACAGUUUGGGCCCCACGACUGGCUGUCCCUGCCUGUGCCUCCGGGACCCAGCUGGCUGCUGGUGGAUGCCCUGGAGCCCGAGACAGCGUACCAGUUCAGCGUCCUGGCCCAGAACAAGCUGGGCACCAGCGCCUUCAGUGAGGUGGUCACUGUGAACACUUUAGCAUUCCCUGUCACAACUCCAGAACCCCUGGUGCUGGUUACCCCACCGAGGUGCCUCACAGCCAACCGGACCCAGCAGGGUGUGCUCCUGUCCUGGCUCCCACCUGCCAACCACAGCUUCCCCAUCGACCGCUACGUCCUGGAGUUCCGUGUCGGAGAGCGCUGGGAGACGCUGGAUGACGCCAUACCUGGCACUGACGGGGACUUCUUCGCCAGGGACCUGUCCCAGGACACAUGGUACGAGUUCCGGGUCCUGGCUGUCAUGCAGGAUCUGAUCAGCGAGCCCAGCAACAUCGCCGGCGUCUCCAGCACAGACAUCUUCCCGCAGCCGGACCUGACCGACGAAGGCCUGGCUCGGCCGGUACUGGCUGGAAUCGUGGCCACCAUAUGCUUCCUGGCUGCGGCCAUCCUGUUCAGCACCCUGGCCGCCUGCUUUGUCAACAGGCAGCGCAAGCGGAAGCUCAAGCGCAAGAAAGACCCUCCACUCUCCAUCACGCACUGCAGGAAGAGCCUGGAGUCUCCCUUGUCCUCCGGCAAGGUCAGCCCCGAGAGCAUCCGCACACUCCGCGCCCCGUCCGAGUCCUCCGACGACCAGGGCCAGCCGGCGGCCAAGAGGAUGCUGAGCCCCGUGCGGGAGAAGGAGCUGUCUUUGUACAAGAAGACCAAGAGGGCCAUCAGCAGCAAGAAGUACAGCGUGGCCAAGGCGGAGGCUGAGGCGGAGGCCACCACGCCCAUCGAGCUCAUCAGCAGGGGCCCCGACGGCCGCUUUGUGAUGGACCCCUCUGAGGUGGAGCCCUCUGCGAAGGCUCGGCGCAUCGAGGGCUUCCCCUUUGCGGAGGAGACCGACAUGUACCCUGAGUUCCGCCAGUCGGACGAGGAGAAUGAAGACCCGCUGGUGCCUGCGUCUGUGGCCGCCCUCAAGUCCCAGCUGACCCCUCUGUCAUCCAGCCAGGAGUCCUACCUGCCACCACCAGCAUACAGCCCUCGGUUCCAGCCCCGCAGCCUGGAGGGCCCCGGCGGCCUGGAGGGCCGGCUCCAGGCCACUGGCCAAGCCAGGCCGCCCGCCCCCCGGCCCUUCCACCACAGCCAGUAUUACGGGUACCUCAGCAGCAGCAGCCCUGGGGAGGUGGAGCCGCCGCCCUUCUACAUGCCGGAGGUGGGCAGCCCCUUGAGCUCUGUCAUGUCCUCGCCACCGCUGCAUGCCGAGGGGCCUUUCGGCCACCCCGCCAUCCCCGAGGAGAACGGAGAGAACGCUUCCAACAGCACGCUGCCCUUGACUCAGACGCCCACCGGCGGGCGCUCCCCAGAGCCCUGGGGCCGGCCGGAGUUCCCCUUUGGAGGACUGGAGACCCCGGCCGUGGUGUUCCCCCACCAGCUGCACCCGUGUGAUGUGGCUGAGAGUCUGCAGCCUGCGGCCGGCCUCCCCCGAGGACUGCCGCCCGCCUCCCUGCAGGUGCCCGCAGCCUACCCGGGCAUCCUGUCUUUGGAGGCGCCCAAGGGCUGGGCUGGCAAGGUGCCGGGCAGAGGCCCUGCCCCAGUGCCCCCCGCCGCCAAGUGGCAGGACAGGCCUGUGCAACCUCUGGUGAGCCAAGGGCAGCUGAGACACACCAGCCAAGGCAUGGGCAUACCCGUGUUGCCUUACCCCGAGCCGGCCGAGCCGGGGGCGCACGGCGGCCCCAGCGCGCUGGGCCUGGACACCCCGUGGUACGAGCCUCAGCCCCGGCCGCGGCCUAGCCCCCGGCAGGCCAGGCGCGCCGAGCCCAGUUUACAUCAAGUGGUGCUACAGCCCUCCCGGCUCUCGCCUCUGACCCAGAGCCCCCUCGGCUCGCGUACCAGCUCCCCCGAGCUCGCCGCGCGGGCCCGGCCGCGCCCCGGCCUCCUGCAGCCCGCCGAGGUGUCAGAGACCGCCCUGCAGCCGCCGGCUGUCGUCAGCUUCUCACGCAAGUCCACACCGUCCACGGGCUCCCCGUCCCAGAGCAGCCGCAGUGGCAGCCCCAGCUACCAGCCCACCGUGGGCUUCACCACUCUGGCCACGGGCUUCCCCUCCCCUCCGCCGGGCCCCGCGGGGCCUGUGGACCACUUGGAUGUGUUUGGACAGACGCCUUCCCCUCGGAGGGUGGGGGAGGAGCUGCUCAGACCGGAGCCCCCGCCGCCACCGUUACCUACUGCAGGGACACAUCCACCUGCUCCUGGGAAUGCUGCUGUACCUGAGAGGCUGGAGGCUCUGAAAUACCAACGGAUAAAGAAGCCCAAAAAGUCAUCCAAGGGCUCCUCGAAGUCAAAGAAACGAUCCGAUGGUUCUGCCUCCCAGGCUCAGAACCUUCCAAACUCUCAGGUCCUGUGGCCCGACGAAGCUGUCUGCCUCCGGAGGAAGAAGAGACAUUCCCGGCCCGACCCCUUUGCCCGACUCUCAGACUUGUGCCACCGCCAGCUUCCGGAAGACCAGACGGCAAUUCUCAGCAGCGUGGAGCAUGAUGACCCUGGCCACGCCACUUUGCUGUGA